AUGAAGUGUUCGCAUUGCGGGGGCGUUAAAUUUGAUGAAGAUCCUGCUCGAGGCGACCUGAUAUGCGCAGAAUGUGGCGUAGUUGAAAGCGAGAAUGCUGUUACUUCUGCUGUAGAGUUUGUGGAGAAUACUGGUGGCACCUGUACGGCUAUCGGCCGUUUUGUUUCUGAUGAAAGUCAGAUGCCAGGCUUCCGCGAAUCUCGCUAUGUUACUGAGCAGAGAGCUCGGAAACGCAUAGAUACGAUUUGUGGUCAGCUUCGGUUGGGUUCCGACGUCGCCGGUUCCGCUUUUCGAUAUUACCAGAGUGCUCUUUUCCGCGGAUUUACCCGUGGUCGGAGCGCCCUGCAGUUGGCAGCUGCGUGCAUUUACGUUGCAGCCAGGCAGCUUCGUGUCAACCUAAUGCUUUUAGACUUAAGCGACGCCGUGGCAAUUAACGUUUAUAGUGUGGGACGUACCUACAUUGAUCUAAAGCGGCGUCUUAACCUUUCUCUUCCUGAAAUUGACCCCUGUCUCUUCGUCGAACGGUUCGCAAGCCAGUUAGAUUUUGAGGAAAAAACUGCAGCCGUGGCAACAACAGCAAUGCGUUUAUUGCAGCGAAUGAAAAAGGAUUGGAUCAGCACCGGAAGAAGGCCUAGUGGGCUGGCUGCUGCCUCAUUGCUAGUUGCUGCCAGGAUCCACGAAUUUAACAGAACCGAGGAAGAUGUUGCCAAAGUUGCUCGAAUCAGCCAUUUGACCGCGCGAAAGCGACUUAUUGAGUUCAGCAAGACUCCCAGUUCGGCCUUGAGCAUAGAUGCCUUCUUCACGGUUGAUUAUGAUGAAGAACAGGAUCCUCCCGCCUUUGAACAACCGGCACAGAAACGAAGAAUUAAUCUUGACGACCUCGACAUGGUCCAGGUUUCGGCUGAGAUCAAGGAGUUGGGUCGUCGCAUCGACAAUGAACUAGAUGAACUCGCCCGGAAGCGAAAACUCGGUGUAGCCAUCAAGGAUCCAGGCAAGCUCUUGUCAUUUCGUAACUGCAAGCAAUUUCAUGCCACCCUGUUGUACCUCACGCUGGGCUUCUUAAAUAUCCUCAAGAAGUCAGCGAGUGGUUAA